UGUUUAGUUACAUAAACAAACAUUGGGCAACAUUAAAAAGCAACUUGGUGUUUUCUAACAGAAAUGAACGACAAACAUCACAUCGAAUAUUAUAAUUGGAUUUAAAAAAUGAAUACAAAAUAUCACGUGGUGCGAUGCGCACCUCUAUGAAACGAAACGAUUAAGCUACAAAAUGUCAAAAAGCAAAAGCACGGAGUAUUAGGGGCGGCGACCGCGGCUUAUACAGGGGAGAGGGGGGCGAAGGGGAGCGUGGUCGUCAGUUUCUCGCCGACCACCGCGCCGCGAGCACGCUUUGUAAUGCUCUCAGUAGUUUGACGCGAUAUGGCCUCGUCUACGAACGGCAACAUCGUCGUCGAGUGGUUGCGUUCGCUCCACUUGGGCCAAUACGCGGAAAGUUUUAUUGACAACGGAUAUGAUGACUUAGAAAUAUGUAAACAAGUAGGAGAACCAGAUUUGGAUGCCAUUGGUGUCCUUAACCCUGCACAUCGCCAGCGACUUCUACACUCUGUCAGAUCAUUGAGGGAAGAAGGAGCGGCGGCUGUUUACUUUACUUUGGAAGAAGCAGCCGCCGCUCGAGACCCAUGUAGAUGUGAAGAAGAGGCAAGGAAGGAGCAGGCGACAGCAGCAGUAGAACCGGCUAAAUACGUGGACGAAUAUGAAGAAGGAAAAGCAGAGUUAGUGAAGAUACCCCGGAUGCAACUAAAGCGUUUGCUUCGCGAACGUCUUGCUCAGGAUGGGAUUCGUCUUAGUCUUCAGCCAUAUUCCACAACGGAUGGAGACCGAGGCUACCUGGAAGGUCUAGCAUCCCGAUACGCAGACCUGUUCUCCACACACUACGGCGACGUACUAGACCACCUUGAGGAGUUACGGAGACACGAAUGGGACGAGAUGUCUCCAAGAAUGAGGGUGCUUGGAGGCCCUGGAACACCUCAGACGCCACCUUCGGCAAGUCCUGGUUCCCUAGCUUUGAAUAACUUGACCACGUCGCAUUCGCAGCCCAUUUAUGUGCCUGGAAAGUAUUCGCCCUCCAGUUGCCUCACAGAGAAAGAGGAGGACGAGAUAUACGGGUUCGGUUACGGCGUGUUCGGCAAACAGAUGUUGCAACGUCAACAGCAACAGAAACAACUGCUGCUAGCGCAACCGACUCAACCACUAAUGCACAACCAACAACACAACUAUCAAAGUUGCCUCAGCCCACGUUCGGCGUAUUUCUACGAAUUCCCGCCAAGCGAUAACUGCCUCGGAACUGCGAAGAAGAAAGUCACGACAUUCUCAAGGCUGCUUCGAGGGUUGAAAUCACAUAGGAAAGAGAAACACGGCUCCUGUUCGCCGAAACACACGCAUAGUCCUCGACAAGUGCUACCACCUCAACGGGUUGAUACGCCGGACAGCGUGCUACAAAGUGGCCUAGGCCUUGGGCCUGGUCCCGACACGGCCUUAAGAUCCAUGGUUGACCCGAGAGACUAUGACCGCCUCCGCUUCUUUCAAAUGAGUGCCGCCCAACCAAACACCUUCGAAGAAACUAUUCAUAGGUUAAAAUAUCAAGAAGCAAUGAAGAAAAAAGAUAAACUAGCAAGAGAACAGGAGGAGAUAUUAAGAGACAUAAGACAUGGUCUUAUGAAUAUGGGAAGAGACGGUGUCCGAGGGCCUUUCGGAGACGACACGUACAUGUACGACGACGAAGCGCGAGGCCUCUCAGGGCGAGGACAUUGGUACGACGAACCACCCUAUGAAAGUGAUCCUGAAGAUUUUCUAAUGGGAGCUGGAUCGCCGGCAGCGACUUUUCACAAUGGAAGAGUUUGUUUCACUCUCAACCUCCGAAAUGAACCAAGUGGCGAAGGUGUUAUUUCUCUCCGAAGCGCUGGCGAUAUUAGUGUAGCAAGAACCCCUCGGAGGGGAUUAAUAAUUCCGCAGAGUGGCCCCUACCCAACCACCGUGAUCCCCUUGCGAACGGCAAGAGAUCGGGAGAGUGGAGAUUACGCGGCAUCCGACAUCCAAUCUAUAGGCUCAAGAUUAUCUGGUAUCUCUUUAGAUUCAAAUCGGUCCGAAAGAGAAUCCAGACGGGGUUACAGGCAAAUGUCUGGAUAUCGGAUAGGUGUCGAUCACUUAUCUCCAGCUUCAUCGGACUACGAAGAUCAAGAAAGUGAAACAGAUUCACAACACAUAGCCACUGUACACAAGUCAGCUGAGGAAUGUGAAGGCGUGUCAAACCUGGCAGGGAAGGUUCGAGGUCUAAGACAAGACGUCCAAAGAAAAAUAUCAAGAUUAAGACAAGAAAGGGGCCCAGAAGGCAGCGAUAGGCGAACAAGUGGCGACCAUGCGUUUCCAUGUUCUAAUAGUUCUUUUGAAAGUCUUCCCAGCGGAUCAGGCAGUAAAUAUUUAUGUACAGGCACACAAGCAUUGGUUCGCGCCGGUAGUAAUCACUCAUCUCUCUCGGCAGAAGAAAACAUAGAAUUAAGUCCAGCCGGGCGGAGUUUACUCGUGCCGCAAAUGCUGUGUCGGGCUCGGGCGCUUGUCGAUUACGUACCCAAUAUUUAUGAGAAAGAUGCCCUGAGAUACAAGAAAGGAGACAUCAUAGAAGUAAUCAACAUGAACGCGUCCGGUAUUUGGCGAGGAGUACUUAACAAUAAAGUAGGGAACUUUAAGUUUGCUAAUGUAGAAGUUCUAUCUGAAAGAGACACGGUCCGUUCAAGAUCAUCUAAAUGGUGCAAGAGCCGAGAAAGGUUAUGGGAAACGCGACCCCGUACUGUUGAAGAACUAUUGAGAAGGAUAGAUUUACUGGAGUAUGCAGUCGCCUUUGCAAGAAAUGGAUAUGAAGACAUAGAAUUAUUUAAGGAGAUCGAACCCUCAGAUUUGGACUACUUGGGAAUAAUGACUCCAGAGCAUCGAACACGCAUCCUGGCUGCUGUACAACUUCUGCAUCAGUUAGAAUGUGCCGAAGGCGAACCAGAAGCUGAUGGAGGUGGCUCAAGUUCAGAAGGUGGUGACUCUCCUUUCGGGAGACGUCAGUUUCCACGAGAUUCAGGAUGUUAUGAGGCAGGAGUCGGAGUUGGAGGCGUCCGAGUACGCACUUCACCUCUAGUCCACAGAGCUGAUGAGCCAACACACAGGCCACCAGAUCCAGCGCCGCAAGCGAAACGUUCAAUCCGUAGACGACAACCAGAUGAUGCGGAAUGUGACAGAAUUGAAAGAUAUCCGGGAACUGGCACUGAAAGGACAACUGUCCGAAGUGGCGGUUUACCUGGCGGUGCAAGGGACGAUACUUGUGAAUCUGAUCAUCGACUCAAUGUUGUCAAAUUUGUAGCUGGUGGCGAGCCGUGUGCGUCUGAGAAAAGUAGCGACUCAGGGGUGAGUAGUUCGUCGUUAAGUUCUGCUCACCCCCACCGUCCCUGAGCGAGGCCCUCCGCGCCCGCGCUUGCCUAGGCGCUGGCGCGGGCGCGUGCGCAAGCCGCGCAACCGCCCGCACCCCCCGCCGACACUGAACCAUCCGCGCCGCCCGCGCCUGAAAAUGAACAAAACUAGCCAAAUAUUUUCACCGCACAUAAAAUUUAGUUUAGAGGAACAAUCGUUACGUUACGCAUUUUUUUGCAGUUUUAUUAUGUAUAUUUUUACUAUCAUAAAUCAGAAGGUCACAUAUUUCAUGUACAUUACCUGAUCAACUCGAAAUAAGACUGAAAAAUAAUUUCUAAAUGAGAAUGGAAUAUGUCAGUGUUACGGGCGGUGCAAAAAAAUAAGUGUGGGUAAACUUCUAUUUUGGAAGACAUUGAUUAAAAUGGACUUUUGUCUUUGGGGCAUAAUGGUUUACUGCAUCAAACCCACAACUAAUAUUCUUUGUGAAAGAACUUGUUACUUAAAGACUGACCCGAGUUUCAUAGCAUUUUCAUAUGCUGUAAUUUUUAUGAAACGGUUAGCAGUUAACUUUCUAUAAUGUAUAAUCACUCUUCCUCUUUGAUACAUGUAUUCAAGUAAUAAAAUGUGAACGAGAGAUUGAUGUCAAUAGUUUCGAAUGAAAACUGAUUUUAGAAAGGAAUAAUUAUUAUAAAUUGUAGAUAUUUUAUUUAGGUUGCUUGUUACGAUUUCACAUGCGGAUUUGAAAUCGCUUUUUAUCAUUCCGUCAUAAAUUGGAAAGCAUAUCAUAGAUGGCAGCAAUUUAUUAUUAUAUAAGUUGGUUUUAAUUCAUUAACCUGUUCAAAAUACGAAUUAAAGCUUUUUGUGAGUUAGCCGGUCAUUUUGUACAUAAUUAUAAGCUUUUAUUUUUAGUUUACGUAGUGAUAAAUGACAUGUAAUCUUCAACUGUAGAGUGUAGCUGUCCUGUUGUACUUUAUCAUGAUACGUACCCAGUGCAUAAAAUGUCCGGGUUAUGUCCACAUUCCCCAGUGUGAGAAUGACGAUUCAUAGAUUGCGUAUUGAUUGACUUGUGUAUUUUUCGUUUUUACGUUUCUUGUGUUUAUUUUGAACAGAUUAUUUUAAAGGCUUUCAUGACUGUAUUUAUGACUGUAUCUAGGUAAUAUUAGCGGAGGCAGUAUGCCAUUCGCGUAAGAACCGGGGCGUUGGAAGCGCAACAUUAAUAGCAAUAACUGUAAAUACAUAAUAGAUAGGUUAAUUACUAUAUGUAUGUUGAUAAAAAAGUUUUUGUAAUUGUUUAAGAGAGCGUUAUGCGGUAAGCCGUAUGUACAGAUAAUGUAGUGAAUCUGUGAAAUUUUGAAUUUCACCCCGCUAUCUUCCGUGUCAUGGUAAAGCAAUUUGACAUAUUUUACGAUCUUCGCACUUGUGACUGGCCUGUCGUAAAAUUGUAACCACUGUCAAACUACCGAUGAAACAAAACAAUAUUAGAUUUUGUCACAGAACUGGUUGCGUCACAGAACUUUCCCGUUCACCCAUUGUAAUAAUAUUACCUUUCUCAAAUGGUACGUACAAAUGUGGAUUUUCUUUAAUAUUCUUCGAUAAAGUGGAUCUGUCUUGAAUAUGAACGGUUUCAUGUAUAGCUGUAUAAAUGUAAAGAUUACAGUCGAUAUUUGUAACAAUUACCAUUUACAUGUAAAAAUUAAAGAUUCUUUCCUAUUUGAGCUAUUGAAAUCAGGUCGCUUUUACACAAAUGAUUUUUUAAUUAAUCAUCGAAUCUGGUAAUUGUUUACGUCUUUUCUUUUCCGUAGGCUCAGCCUUUCGUGUCAAAAUUGGGCAUACCCGACUGUCCAUGGUAAAACGUGUAAAUUUUGUAAAAAAAUAUUUCUUACACACUUUUCGAAUACAAUCGUGAACUAGUCCGAACUAUUGAAUGUAUAUAGUUAAAUGUUUGUUACUUGUAUAUUGUAGAUAGAAUAUAUUUCUUUUGAAUUGUAUAUGCAAUGAAAUUAAUUCUUUAUUAAAAAACAAUGUUAAUUAAAAAGAUAAUUUAUUUAUAAUCAAAUUUACGUUGACUAUGCUCAGGUAGAUGUGAAUUUAUUCAUAGGUUUUGUGGUUAUAGAGUUGUUUUUAAUACUUGUGAUGAUAAUAAUGAUUAAGCUGUAUAAUUCACAUUUUCUUUUAGUUCCGUUAGUCAUACAUCAUUAACGGUGCGUACUUUUUGUAGCAUUUUUUUAAACAGACCUUAUGUGUAAGUUAACUAAUCUGUUUACAAACAUGGAUUCUAAAUAAAUAAAUCCGAAAAAUA